UUGCAGCCACAGGAAGAAGACAUAACAAUGGGUGCUGGAAAAACUCUGUUUCCAGCACAGAGUACAAGGAGAAUUAUUAUUAUUUGUGUUCUUGCCGUCUCAAUUGUAACUGUUAUAUUUGGACUUGGACUUGGUCUAGGGCUUCAGCUAGAAAAAUGCAAAAACAAAGUUGAAGUCCCCACUACCUGCAAGAACCGUUGCUAUGAGUUAUAUGAAGAUGGAUCUGAAGCUUGUAGGUGUGACAAGCUCUGUGUGGAAAGCAACAAUUGCUGCCAGGACUUUGAAGCUGUUUGCCUACAGCCAGCUCAACAAUGGGAAUGCACCAAAGCCCGGUGUGGUGAAAAACCAAUUCUAGAGAGUAAAUGCCAUUGCUCAGAAGACUGCCUCACUCUUGGCAACUGCUGCACAAACUAUAAAAAUGUUUGUCAAGGAGAGUCCCAGUGGGUGGAAGAUCCAUGUGAGGAGAUAACUGCUCCUCAGUGUCCAGCAAGUUUUUCAAAGCAACCAGUGAUUCUUAUUUCACUUGAUGGAUUUCAAGCGGACUAUCUACUGACGUGGAGCAAAAUCAUUCCAGUGAUAGAAAAACUAAAAACAUGUGGAACACAUUCUCCUUAUAUGCAGGCAUCAUUUCCUACCAUGACUUUUCCAAACCAUUACACCAUUGUUACUGGCAUGUAUCCAGAAUCCCAUGGACUGGUUGACAACAGCAUGUAUGAUCCUGUUUUCAAAGCCUCUUUCAGCCUGAGUAAUAGUGAAAAGUCAAAUCCAAGAUGGUACCUUGGUCAGCCUAUCUGGCUCACUGCGAUGUACCAAGAACUGAAGGCUGGGACUGUUUUCUGGCCUGGAUCAGAUGUUAAAGUCAACGGAAGUUUUCCUACUAUGUAUGCACCUUAUAAUGGAAAAGUGCCCUUUGAAGAAAGAGUUUACACCCUUCUGAAAUGGUUGAGUUUGCCUGAAAAAGAAAGGCCACAUUUCUAUACCCUGUACUUGGAAGAACCUGAUAAGGCAGGUCACAAUUCUGGGCCAGUCAGUGGUGGGGUAAUUGAAGCUCUCCUGGGAGUAGAUGGGAUAAUGGGACAGUUAAUGAAUGGGCUGAAACAACUGAACCUUCAUAAAUGUGUUAACAUUUUACUAGUUGCUGACCAUGGUAUGGAGUCAACUAGUUGUCAGAGAAUGGAGUUUCUUAAUGAUUAUAUCAGCAAUGUGAAAGACCUUUAUAUUUAUCAGGGUGCUUUUGGGCGAAUUAGAGCUGCAAAGCCUGAAGAUCAACAAACAUUUGAUUCAGUAGGACUCGUGGCAAACUUGACAUGCAAAAAGCCAGCACAGAAAUUUAAACCAUUCCUUAAAGAACACACCCCGAAGAGGUACCACUAUGCCAACAGUAGACGGAUCGAAGACAUUACUUUGCUAGUGGAGACUCAGUGGCUAGUUGCAAGAGGUAAAGACUCCUACACAUAUUGUGACGGAGGGACUCAUGGAUACGACAAUGACUAUUCUAGCAUGCAAGCAUUAUUUAUUGCAUAUGGACCGAAGUUUCUUUAUAAAACAGAAGUGGAGCCGUUUGCCAAUGUAGAGGUUUAUAACCUCAUGUGUGAUCUGUUAGAAGUUCACCCAGCUCCUAACAAUGGUACUCAUGGCAGUAUGAAUCACCUAUUGAGAAAGCCGUGGUUCAUUCCUUUAUUCCCUACAGAGAUGACUAAACCUGGAUCAUGCCCUUUAAUUACUCUGACACCUGAUGACAAAUUAAACUGUUCCUGUCUUGCAUUGGGCACGAUCAAUAAGAAUGAAAGGCUCAACCUGACAGCUAAUGAAGUAACUAACUCUGGACAGACACACAUGCCAUUCGGAAGACCCAGAGUUCUGCGCUCCAGUGAGGACUACUGUCUGCUGUAUCAGCUUGGUUAUGUGAGCGCCUACAACAAAAAAACUCUUAUGCCAACCUGGACUUCCUUCACUGUAGAGAAACCUACAAAUCUUGACCCACUGCCAGACAUCAUACCAAACUGCUUGAGAGCUGAUGUGCGUGUUCCAGCAAACCAAAGUCUACGGUGUGAUUUCAACGCUGGUGAUACCGGUAUUACACAGGCUUUUCUUUAUCCACCAAAUCUGAACAAAACACAAGAUGAGCAGUAUGAUGCCCUCUUGAUGAGCAAUGUUGUUCCCAUGUACCCUGCUUUUAAAAGAAUCUGGGACUACUUCCACAGUAUGCUCUUGAAGAAAUAUGCCAGUCAGUACAAUGGUGUGAACGUAGUGUCUGGCCCAGUAUUUGAUUUUAACUACGAUGGACGCGUUGAUACUCCUGAUCAAUUUAGACGGUUUGUUAAGGGUACAAACAUACCAGUUCCAACACAUUAUUUUGCGGUGCUGACCAGCUGUGACAAUGGAUCUCAGUCAGUGUUGGAUUGUAAAAAAGCACUGAAGACAGUUUCCUUCAUUAUGCCCCACAGACAAGACAACAGUGAGAUUUGCAAUAACCAGGAUGAUGAGUCCAAGUGGGUUGAAAACCUUCUGUGGUUCCACCAAAGUAAAGUUACAGACGUUGAGUGGAUAACAGGGUUGGAUUUCUACCAAAACAGUAACAGACCAGUCCCAGACCUCCUUCGCAUGAAGACCAGACCUACGUCUGCCAUUCACAGAAUGGUCUGAUGUCCAUUCUUCAGACACUGGAGCAAUUGAUCUGGGCAUUCAAGGAAUAAUAACAAAGUAUCUGCAAUCAAUGUAAUGAUCUCUUAGUAGCAGUAGCUUCAUCACAAGAAAUGGGCUAUCAGUGUAGUGCAUCAGAAUAUGUUAUAAUAACUCAGGUCAAGGCUUAAGUUAUUAUAACAUGUUCUAAUACAUUGUAUAAUUAUGUAAUCUCUAUUUUGCGAACACAAAGCAAUCAACUGUAUUUUUACUUGUAAGGCAAUGGAUAACCUGGACCACAUCAGUCAAUAUACCAGUCUAUAUUAAAUGCACAUUAUUUAUAAGCAUCUCAGUUACAAAACAAA